AUGACGGAGUAUAAUUUCGAAGGAGAUUUCUCUAACUUAAGUGAACGUCAACUAGAGUACAUCAACAAAGUGGUUUUAGAACAAAAUUUAAAAGUAAACAAAGUAGUAUUCAAUUCAUUUGGACAAGCUGGUGAUAAUUUUGGGGCAAAUGUGAAGAGAAUCAGCAUAGAAGGAGAAAAUGGAAGCAUGAAGAUGAUUAUUAAAAUUGCAGCUGUAGAUGAAAUAGUACAGGUACUACCUAAACUAGUGGCACUGCAGAAAGCAGCAAGAGUACCAGAAGAAGAACAUCUAAGAUACGCAAAGUGUUAUGGAUCUCUAGAUGAAGCACCAAAUGAAGUGAUAAUGUUAGAAGACCUUAAGGAAUCUGGUCAUAUAAUGUUGGAUAAGUACGAACCGUUACAAGAUGACGUUGUGAGAAAUAUUUUGAAAACUUUUGCAAUUUAUCAUUCUUUAUCUCACGUCUUGAAGAAUAAAGAACCAGCUACGUACAAAUGUUUUGAAAUUAAGUUAAGAGAUGUGUGGUCAGUGAUGUCUGCAACACCGGAAUAUACGAACAAUUUUAAAGGCAUUGAUGACGCUACUGUAUCAAUUGUUGAGAACGAAACUCACAAGGACAUCGUCAAAAAUAGAAUAACAAAUAUGUUUAAACUGGUCCUUAAACUAGUUAAAGAAGAAAAUACUAAAUAUUCUGUCAUUCAACAUGGUGAUGCUUGGACGAACAAUAUCUUGUUCAAACUUGUGGAUGGUGAAGUAGGACCCUCAACAAUGAUUGAUUACCAAGGAGCUAGAAGAAAUAAUCCUGUGAUGGACAUCCUUUACAUGAUCUUCAAUGGAACCGACUAUGAGACUAGAAAAAAUAACUUCUACAACUGGUUGGACUAUUACCAUUCGGAAUUAGAUAAAUCCUUGUCGUACUUUAGUCUUAAAGCUGACGUAAUAUAUCCCAGGGACCAACUGGAUGCUGAUGUGAAGAAAUAUAGUGAAUUAAUAUUUGGUGUAGUUUUAUUCACAAGCAAUAUUUUGAACAGGGAUGUAAAUGAAACCAAAGAAGUGAUAGACAAUAUGGAACACAGUGGGCUAACUGAACUAAUAUCUUCAAUGGCAAACACUAAAAUGAAGGCUGAAUCUGAAAACCGUGCGAGAAAGAAAAUUGAAGGAAUAAUUGAUAGUUAUACUGAAUUUGGAUUUUUUGAUCAUUUUCAAAUUAAAUAA